ACCGAGAAUGCACGAUUGUAGCAGCAAUGAGGGGCGGAAGUUGGCGAUUGCCGAAUAACUUGGGACGGAUGGACACAUGUGGUUUGUGAAGAAAGUAAUCAGGUAGCAGUGCAUGAUAUAAACAGUUUUUUUCAGCGACAACGUAUAAACCAGCAAUAGCAAUAAGGGGUACAGAUGACGCAGCAGGAGGUGCGCCUCUGUGGGCUCCUGCUGCAGGAGCACUUUGGGGAGGUGGUGGAGAAGGUGGCGGUUCAUCUUCUGAGGACGGGAGCGCAGACUCUGCGUGGCAUCGCCCAGGAGACCAGCACCCCGCUAGACCUGGUGAAGAAGUCCCUGUGUGUGCUGGCGCAGCAUGGCAUGUGUGAGUUCCGGAGGGGCCGCAGGGGCCCCGCCGGGGCGGUGGAGUACCUGGCAACCUCCGAGCGCAUCCUGAGGAUCCUACGCUACCCGCGCUACAUCUACACCGCCAAGACCCUGUACGGAGACACCGGCGAGCUCAUCGUGGAGGAGGUGCUGCAGCGCGGUCACAUGACCAUGAGCGGCUCCGUGAAGACCGUCGCUGAUAGGCUGACGCACAACAUGGAGGAGGGUCGCAGCAUGGACUACAGUGAGGUGGUGACGGCCUUUUCCAAACUGGUGGAAACUCAUUUCAUCCAGCGCUGCCCCCCGGUGGCAGACGUAGGAGCUGCGCCCCCUGCAGCCGGGCCCGGUGCUCAGGCGGCCCCUGCGGCACCCCCCUCCCCGGCAGACAGCCACCCUGAGCGCUACACACUUCCCCACGUUAAGCUCACAGGCCGGGGGAAGCGCCGUCACCCAAGCGAGGAAAGUGAAGGGGAACAGAGGGGGGCGAAGAGAGCCAAAAUGGACACCUCAGAGUCUUCGGGCGAUACGGGGAUCUACUGGCAGGUGAACUUCGACAGGUUCCACCAGCACUUCCGAGACCAGGCUAUUGUCAGUGCGGUCGCCAGCAAACUGGACCAGACCAGCAGUGAGAUUGUCCGGACGAUGCUGCGGAUGAGUGAAGUGACCACCACUCCCACCGCUGCCUGCACACAGCCUCUCUCCGCUAACGAGAUAUUUCGCGCCCUCCCGCCCAGUUACAGCAUCACCCGGCCAGUUCUGGAGCAGUACCUGUCCCUCCUGGUGGAUGACCCGAUGGAGUUUGUGGGGAAGUCGGGCGAGAGUGGCGGUGGGAUGUACGUUGUCAAUCUGCACAAGGCAUUAGCCACCCUGUCGAGGGCCACUCUGGAGUCUGUGGUGCAGGAGAGGUUUGGUUCGCGGUCGGCGCGUAUCUUCCGGCUGUUGCUGCGGAAACGGCACCUUGAGCAGAAGCAGGUGGAGGACUUCGCCAUGAUCCCAGCGAAGGAGGCCAAAGACAUGCUGUACACACUGCUGUCAGAGAACCUUGUUCAGCUGCAGGAAAUCCCAAAGACCCCUGACCAUGCCCCAUCCCGCACCUUCUACCUGUACACUGUCAACCCCCUGCCCACAGCCAGGCUGCUGCUGCAACACUGCUACAAGGCUGUGGGCAACCUGAUGGAAAGACGUCAGUAUGAAACAAAGGAGAACAAACGCCUGCUGGAGAAGUCCCAGCGCAUCGAGGCCAUCCUGGCAUCGCUGCAGGCCAGUGGCGCGGAGCCCAGCCAGCUGACCGAGGUGGAGGAGAUGAUCACCGCCCCUGAGAGGCAGCAGCUGCAGGCCCUGCGGCACCACGUCAACAAGUUGGACUCGAGUGAGAACCAGGUGGAUGAGACCAUCUUCCUUUUGGAGUCCUACAUCAACUCCACACAGACGUCCCGCUGAGAGGGGGAGGAGCAGUUACACAGACAAAGGGGAGCGAAGAGUGGAGCUACACACCCCCCCGGCUUCAGACCGAAAGUGCACUCGAUAACCAAACCACAUUUUACUCACUACAGUCUACAGACUACAUAACGCCUCACACUGUACGUUUCAUUGUAAUGCAGAUAAUUCCCUAUUUUCAGUGCUUCGCAGGAAAGGCACAAACUGCCUAAAAAGCUUUUGUCUUGCAGUCAGUUAGAGCGAUUCCACAUGUUCAUAUGUGAAUGGCACUGAGAGACCUGUGUCCUUUAAUAAUAAAACAUUUUUGGUUGUGAAA